GUCGGAGAAGGAGUUUCUAUGCAAGAUUUUAGGAGAAACGAUUAAAGCGGGUGCAACCACUGUGAACCUCGGGGACACGGUAGGGAUCAACAUGCCGCAAGAAACUAGGGAACUUGUGAGCUACCUCAAAGCCAACACUCCUGGAAUCGAUGAUGUUGUCAUAAGCGUUCAUUGUCACAACGACCUUGGUGUUGCUACCGCUAACGCAAUCGCCGGUAUAUGUGCGGGAGCAAGACAAGUUGACGUAACAGUCAACGGAAUAGGUGAGAGAAGUGGGAAUGCAGCACUUGAAGAGGUCGUAAUGUAUUUGAAACGUCGAGGGUCACAGCUGAUGGAUGGUGCUUACACAAGAAUAGACAUUCGCCAAAUUAUGGCUACUAGCAACAUGGUUCAAGAAUAUACUGGAUUGUAUGUUCAAGCACAUAAACCCAUAGUUGGAGCCAACUGUUUCGUUCAUGAGAACGGCAUUCAGCAGGAUGGAAUGUUGAAAAAUCGGAGUGAUAUUCUGUAUGAACUCAAAAAAUAA